AUGAGCUUUUCAUCUCCUGACACCUUGCUGCAGCAGGUAACCGAGAAUGUCAGAUCUUUGGGAAAUAAUGGUACGUUUUCCUUAGUUCUUGUGUGUAUGGUAACACUAAAAAUCAUGUGCUGCGUUCUGAUUUACGUUUUACUACAAUAUUUUGUCUUUAGUGACCGAAUUGGAACGUUUGGUCGAGCGAAUUGGAGGACCUGACGAUGAUAACCAUUUGAACGAUCUUCUCAAUGAUCUUGUACAUGGAAGUAAUGUUCUCUCCAAGAGGACUAGUGCUCAACUGAAAGAACUGGUGUCUGUGUCAAACGAACAUGUAAGAUGUUGAUAUAAAAUGUUUCUUUUGUUUAGAGAAUAUAAUUCGCACCAUAUUAACAAAAAAUUUUUCAGAGACAAUACCGUGUCUCUCGGGAACGACUAGUCAAUGAGUAUAUGACCGUCCUGAACCGUCUUCAAGUGGCUCAAAGAAGAGCAGCGACAAAGGAGAAGGCUCAAAUCCGUACGGUUACCCAAGAAGACGAGGAAUUGUCCCACCAAGAUCAACAUGGAGUGGAUCCUCUACAACAGAUGCAGAUCCAAGAACAACGUCGCGCCAAUUUGGCAGAGCUGAGAGAAAGAAAAGAAGCGUUGAACCAGCUGGAGCAGGACAUCAGCGAUGUUAACCAGAUCUUCAAAGACUUGUCGCGCAUCGUCCACGAACAGGGUGACAUGGUGGACAGUAUCGAGGCUAAUGUUGAACAUGCCAGUAUUCACGUCAGUCAAGGCCAUACGAACGUCCAACAGGCUUUGCAUUACCAGAACAAGGCCAGGCAGAAGAAGGUGUUGUUGUCAAUCUUCUGCAUCGCUCUGUUGUUAAUAUUCGGCUUGACAUUGUACUUGUGGGCACGUUAA